UGCUUUUUUAGAUGUAGCGACCGGAGAAAACAGGCAGCUGGUUUGUUAUUGCUCGGUUACUUUAUUGAAGGGGGAAAAAAAAAGAAAGAAAGAAAGAAAAAGAGAAGAUAUUGUCGACAUUUUCUGGAGCGCGGGAACAUUAUGAAAACUGUUAAGGACGAUGGAAAGGUGAGGGCGGCGUCAGUAAAUCGUUUUGCUAAAGAGGCACCUCCCUCUGGGAUGUCCAAGAAUGGAUACUUCUUUCAAGAAAUGGAGCAGCGGGAGGUGGAGCAGGAGGAGGGCAGCGAGGGCCGAGAGGAGGGACAAGAUUCGCCGAUCGCCUGCGGAGAUGACAUCCACCUCUAUGACAACCAGAUCAGCCCUGGGCCAGAGAGUGACGACUCUGGCUGCGUGUUACUGAAUACAUCAAGAAGGUAUGUGAAGCUGAUGAAUUUUGAGGAGGAGGUUCGUGCGCACCGUGACCUGGAUGGCUUCCUGGCAAGGGCCAGUAUCUUGUUGGAUGAGACCGCCGCCUCCCUGGACGAUGUUCUCAAGAGAAUGUUGCACCAUGUGGGCCAAGACAGCCAUGCAUUAGAGCCCGGGUGCAACUUUGAGGAGGUGAUGAGCAUGCUUUUCACAGAUGCAGGAGCGCAGGAGGUCAAUGUUCACCUGCUUUCAGAGACAAUCCAGGGAGUUACAGCAACUGCCACUGGAGUCCAGUACCAGCAGUCCUGGCUCUGCAUCCUCUGCAACGUGAAGCAUCUCCAGAAGCGGCAUGUGUGCAUCUCCCGCCUGGAGAGACCACAGAACUGGGGGGAGAACUGCUGUGAGGUCCGCUAUGUCAUCCUGAUACUGGCCCCUCUCAAAAUGAAAAGUACCAAGACGGCGAUGGAGCUGGGCCGAACAUUCGCUACCCUCUUUUCCGACAUCUCCUUCAGGCAGAAGCUCCUGGAGACAAAGACACAAGAGGAGUUUAAGGAGGCAUUGGUGUUCCAGAGGCACCAGCUCACAGCAGCCAACCAGAAGCCAACUGCUCUGGGGAAAGAGGAGACUGACCCUCGCAGUCAUAAACCCCUCAAGUGCAAAGACUUCUUCAAAGCUGGCCGGGGAAUUUAUGAGGACUUCUGCCGCAGACUGCCUUUCUACCCCUCUGACUUCACAGAUGGUAUAGUUGGCAGUAAUAAAACCCUGCUGAAGUACAUGACCACAGCCAUCUUCCUCUACAUUGCCAUCCUCCUCCCUGCCAUCGCUUUCGGCUCCCUCAAUGAUGAGAGCACACGUGGCGAGAUUGAUGUUCGGAAGACCAUCAUUGGCCAGAGCAUCGGUGGGGUCAUCUACUCCUUGUUUGCUGGCUCUCCUCUAGUCAUCCCUCUAACCACGGCUCCCCUCGCCAUUUUCAUCAGCGUGAUCCGAGGAAUCUGUGAUGACUACAACCUGGAUUUCCCGGCUUUCUACGCCUGCAUUGGCUUGUGGAACUGCCUCUUUCUCAUCCUGGGAGGAAUCUUCAAUGUCAGCCUGCUCAUGAAGCUCUUCAAAAGGUCAACAGAGGAGGUCAUUGCCCUCUUCAUUUCCAUUGCGUUUGUGGUUGAUGCUGUGAAAGGCACAGUCAAAAUCUUUCAUAGAUACUACCACGCUCCAACACUGGCCAACAGAAGCUUAGGGGACUUUCCUCAAGGUGGAGACCUGCUAGGGGGAAACAGGAGUGAGGUGGUUGCGGGGUUGGCACUCCCAGAAUCCUUCAUCCAGUGCUCUCGAGAGAGACCUGUCCUCUGCCUCCUACUGAUGCUCGGGACAUUAUGGAUGGGCUAUACUCUCUACCAGUUCAAAAGGAGUCCGUUCCUGCAUGCCAAAGUGAGGGAGGUGCUCUCGGACUGUGCCCUGCCAAUCUCAGUGCUCAUGUUCUCCUUCAUCGGCUCCUACAUUUUCAGUGACAUCGAGCUUCCAGUAUUUAAAGUUCAUAACCGGCCCGUCUUCAAUGUGGCACCGUUUGAGCGCCUAUCUCCCAUGAACGUUGUCAGCGCCAUGGGCCUCGGCUUCCUCCUGGCCCUCCUCAUCUUCAUCGACCAGAACAUCGUCGUUUCACUGACCAAUGCACCAGAAAACAGAUUGUUGAAGGGUACUGCAUAUCACUGGGACCUGAUGCUCUCUGGGCUCAUUAACAUCCUAAUGUCAGUGCUGGGGUUGCCCUGGAUGCAUGCUGCCUUCCCCCACUCCACCCUCCAUGUGCGCCAGCUGGCUUUUGUGGAGCAGCGCGUCGAGGGGGGGCACCUCUAUGAGACUAUCGUCCAGGUUAAAGAGACCCGUCUGACAUCUCUGGCUGCCAACAUCUUCAUUGGCGUAUCGGUGUUGCUGUUGCCUCUGCCGCUGCAGUGGAUCCCCAAACCUGUCCUAUAUGGCCUCUUCCUCUACAUCGCCCUCACCUCCAUCGAUGGAAACCAGAUGUGCGACCGAAUGGCUCUCCUUCUAAAGGAGCAGACGUCUUACCCACCUACCCACUACAUCCGCAAAGUGCCCCAGAGGAAGAUCCACUACUUCACCUUCCUGCAGAUGAUGCAGCUGCUGGUGCUGUGUACGUUUGGCAUGUACCCGAUACCGUACAUGAAAAUGAUCUUCCCUCUGGUCAUGAUCCUCCUAAUCCCAAUCAGGAACAAUGUGCUUCCUCAUAUCAUUGAGGCCAAAUACUUGGACAUAAUGGAUGCCCAACACAUGUAGCUACAGAUGGAAUAAGCUCUGGAUCCACAUAAGGACAUCUGGAACAAAAAAAAAAAAGAUUAACAAAAACAUAUUUUUCAAUGCAAAACUGUAUGGAAAGCAAAAAGGAAAUAUAUCGACUGUUUUGAUUUUUGUAUCCGAUAAGAACUUUCUUUUAGGUGAAACACUGGAAAAGUGGCAAGUCGUGUGAAGAGGGAUGAGAGUCGUGGGAAAUAUUUUCCAAACAUUAAACUGACGGCAUCUCUCUGAGGGAAAGUUCUGCUGAAAAAAGGAGGGAGAAAAAAAAACCCGGGAUCAUCCAGAACUCCCUGUUUCACCUCUGUUUGACCCUGUCAGAUUGUUCAGUGCCAUAUACCUCCAUGUUCUCCUUUCACACCUUUACUUUUCUAUGAUAACACUUUACAAUAUCCUACUGCAGUGUGUACAUCUGUGUUUUAACCUGUGGGCAAGUGCUUAAAGUACUCAUUAAUGCUGCGCAAGUAAUAAAACUGCUGCCAGUGGACAUUGAAUAUUAAUUAGAAUGGUGUAAUGGCACAAUGUAAGUAUGAACAUUAUCUAUUUUUGACACUUUGCACUCACAUUGUGUUUUUACACUGUCAUACAGGGAGGUUUUACAUACGUACACUAUGUUAAGUACUUCAGUGUCUUUCUGCGGGUUGCUUACAUGGCAGCAGUACUGCAUUUAGGCCACUGUAAAGAAAAUCUUUAGCUUUCGAGCAUCGAUCAUCGUGCAGUGUUAAAACCUUCACAUUCCUGCACCUUUUAGCUGUGAGCCUCCCUUUUUUCUAUGUGGGACACUUGUGUCCAUACAUAUUUUGAUUCUAAGUCAUUCCAAAAAUGUCAGUAUUCAUUAAGGGAGGGUGUGUGUGUGUGUGUGUGUGUGUGUGUGUGUGUGUGUGCGUGUGUGUGUGUGUGUGUGUGUGUCAUGGACACACCUGUCCAUCAUCUAGCUUUCUGCCAGGUCUUAGAAACCUCAUUUUUAGGUGGAAUUUAAGUGCUCAGAUGACUAAAAAAUACAUUCCACGGGUAUAUAUUAUGUGUAAUUAUUUAGAAAGACAGCACAAACCAAAUCAUAUAGUAAAGUCUUUAUGAAAUUAUGAAUAUAUUAGAAUAUAUUAUGGCAGUAUAUAAAACUUAAUAUCUUUCAAAUUUAGGACUAUUUAUUUAUCAUGAUGACAGUUCAUCUUUCAAGUGCAAAAUGAUCAUUUUGUGUGUUUACCCUCACCUGUAAUUCUGUUUGCUCUUUUACAUCCUACAGAUACCAAAUCUUGUAUUUUCAGUGUUCGUCUCACAUAUGGCUUUACUGCAGUUUACAUAUCAAAGUCCCUCCCAGCUCCGUGUCACAGACCACAGUUCUGGUGCAUUGUUAGUAAAGAGAAAAGCCAGAUUAAAGUGGGUGGGGGGGGGAGCAUUUGAGCGCUUUGGACUGAAUAAAAUGCAUUCUUUUUUUUUUUUUUCUGUGAUCCAAUGUUCAAAAAUGAGUUUUAGAAUAACCCAGUCUUGUUUUCUAUUUAGAUGUUAUGAUUAGAUCAGUGCUUGCAGAUGUUGUCAUGUAAUAAUCCAGGCGUCUGGAGAGAUUUAUCUUGUUAUCUACAGUUCAAAAAGAAAAAAAAAAUUCUAAGCACUGGUUUGCUUAAAGCAUGUCAUCUGGGUUUUUGAUACAAUGUGAUGCCAAUAGACAUGUAUCCUACUUGAGAAAAAAAAAGUAGCAAGUCAAACAGUAACUUCUCAUUAAAACGAAUGCAAUGCUCAAUAUUUAGCAAUACUGUGUAUAAAGCAGAACUUCACUGGUGAUAUUUGGGUUAACCAGUGAAGGUGGACCCGUCACUGAAGCAAUGACAGACCAGCUGUAUUUUUACAACAGCGCCUUUUCAGUCCAUCCUCAUCGUACAAACGCUGCUCUGCGCUGAUUUGAUUAUUAUACGCAUAAAGACAAAAAAAAAA